AUGGAGGAGGAGGAGACGUACCUGGAUUUCUACCUGGACCAGUGUGUAGCUCAGGAGGAACUUGCCCCACCCAGAUCUCCCCUGUUCAGCCUGGUCUCCUCUUAUGAUGUGUACAUGCCGAAUGCAUCCAAUCCAGAGACACCAUUUAGUUUACCUCUUGAAGUUAAAGAAACCUCUGGUGAUUUCUCGUCUGUGGAUCUUAGCCUCCUACCAGAUGAACUUACCCAAGAAAAUAAAGAGGAGACUGUCACUGGAAGCAAGGAUGAAAUUGAAAAAAGUUGUAAAACUCAAAGUCACCAAAAUAGGUUGCAUUUACCUGGUGACCAUGACACUGGCCUGGGCUUCAGUGGCAGCAACCAGUCAAGUUCCUGGACACAUCUGCACCCUGACAAUGCUGACUCAGUCCAGCCCUCUGAGAAACCAACCUGCGACUCCUUGCCUCUGGGAUCCAUAACUCUCAUGAAACCAAUGACCCCAGUGUCAGAAUGCUCUGGAAUUGUGCCUCAACUACAAAAUAUAGUUUCUACAGUCAACCUGGCCUGUAAAUUGGAUCUGAAGAAAAUAGCUUUGCAUGCAAAAAAUGCAGAAUAUAACCCCAAGAGGUUUGCUGCUGUUAUAAUGAGGAUCCGAGAGCCCAGAACGACAGCGCUCAUCUUUAGCUCUGGGAAAAUGGUCUGCACAGGAGCCAAAAGUGAAGAGCAGUCUCGGCUUGCAGCUAGAAAAUAUGCUCGAGUGGUACAGAAGCUUGGAUUCCCCGCCAGAUUCCUCGAUUUCAAAAUUCAGAACAUGGUUGGAAGCUGUGAUGUGCGGUUUCCCAUCAGCCUGGAAGGUUUGCUGCUUACCCACCAGCAAUUCAGUAGUUAUGAACCUGAACUAUUUCCUGGCCUUAUUUACAGAAUGGUAAAGCCAAGAAUUGUGUUGCUUAUCUUUGUAUCUGGAAAAGUUGUGUUGACGGGUGCCAAGGAACGUUCUGAGAUCUACGAAGCAUUUGAAAACAUCUAUCCUAUUCUAAAAGGCUUUAAAAAAGCCUAAGUGUAUCAUUCAAUGUAUCACAGUAUGCUGAUCUGAAUAUGUACCUCGGCCCAGCAAAGGAAUUGCUGG